AUGAUUUUAUCACAAUUUAAUUAUUACUUUAAUAAAAAUGAUCAUUUAAGACCUUUUGUUGAUAAGAAUUGGUCAUCUUUAUGUACUGAACGUUCAAGAACUGCUACAUGGUGGGCUACUUUAGGUUCAUGUUUAUAUUCCACAAAAGAUAUUUUUGUUGCCAAAGAUGAAAAUAAUAGAUCUGCAAGUUCAAAUUUUUGUCUUAUGGAUCCAAAUUUAUGGAAUAUAAAACCAGGUUGUUUUGGAGUUAGUUCAACACAUUCAAGGAUUCCAUCUCGUGCUGUAAAAGAAACUAUUAAUAAUCGUAAUUUACCACGUUCAUCUUCAACAGAAUUUGGGCAAUCGGGAGAACAAAAUAAUCUUCGAAAUGGGUUUAAAUAUUUACCUUGUAAAUCAGAUAAAUUAUUUUCUUAUACACAAUAUCGAAACUCUGAAUUGAGACCAUAUGGAGUGCGACUUUCUAAAGAAGAUGCAAGUCUUUCAGUAUGGAUUAGUGGUGAUCAAUUAACUACCACAACUGAUCACGGGUUUUCAAUGGCAAGAGCCAACUGUCCCGUAAAAGAAGGAAAGUGGUUUUACGAAGUUUUUAUAGAUCGUGGAGGUGAAGGAAAAGUUGAUGGCAAAGAUGGUGCACACGUGAGAGUUGGGUGGGCACGUAGAGAAGGCAAUAGGAAUUCUCCAGUUGGAUCUGAUGGAUAUAGUUAUGGAAUAAGAGAUCUUACAGGACAGAAGGUUCAUAUGUCACACGUAAAAAAAUUUGGGGAACCUUUUAAAACAGGUGAUGUUAUUGGUAUUUAUAUAUCAUUACCACCUUUGAAAAAAGUUAGUAAAGGUUAUAAAUAUAAAGCACCUAAAAGACAAAGAAUUCCUAUUUUAUUUAAGGGGGAAACGAUAUUUGAAUAUAAAGAUUUCAAGCCAACUCAGCCAGAAUUGCCAACAUUACCAGGAUCAAAGAUAAUAGUCUAUAAAAAUGGAAUAUGUCAAGGAAUAGCAUUUGAAAAUUUAUUUUCAUUUUUUCCUAUAAUUGAUAAAUAUACGGCAGAUGAUGAUUUGAUUGAAGAUGACGGAUCGUUGGGGUAUUACCCAGCAGUUUCAAUGUUUAGAGAAAAAUUAAUAUCAUCAAAGAAAAAAAUUGAAAUAUGCAAAUGGAAACCGAUGUCAGAAAGAUACAUGGAAUAUGUUGCAGAAGAUGUAGUUUACGAUAUUGUAGAUGAAAUAGAAUUAUGGGAUUGGAUGAGAGGACAAAAUAAAAACAAGGCUUCAAUGGUCAAUAAAAGACCAUAUUCAGCAAUAUUAGCUAACAAUAAUAAUAAUUCACAGGAAUUUUCUGAUGGAAAUUCGAAAAAAUUUAAACAGGAAAAACAAGAACCAAAGAUAGAAGAAGAAUAUGAUGACUCAAAAUAUUUAGCGCAAGAUUGGGAUCUAUUUAUUUAA